AUGGGUAAGGUUCACGGUGGUUUGAACAGAGCUGGUAAAGUCAGAAACGCUACUCCAAACGUUGAGAAGAAGGAGGUCAGAAAGCCAAAGGUUGGUCGUGCCAAGAAGAGAUUGUUGUACAACCGUCGUUUCGUCAACGUUGUCGUUGGUUUCGGAAAGAAGAAGGGUUACAACACUCAAAACGUCCCAAAUGUCUAA